AUGCCUCUUGUUAUCCCACAAGUCUCCCAGGGUGAUAAGGGCGAGUGGCUCAACAAGCUCGCCGGCAAGAAGAUUAGCGAGAAUACUAGCGAUGUUAAUACAUUCGCAAAGACAGACCUUCCUGAAGAGCAUCGUAUCAUCAAGCCUAAUGACCCGGUGACUAUGGAUCUUAGACCAAACCGGUUGAAUAUCCAUUUGGAUGAGCAGGGCGUUGUUCAUGAUGUUGGAUUUUUCUAG